GCAUUGGCUGAAGCUGCCUCACAAAGCAAGAGGCAAGAGGCUUGGCAGCGUGUGCAAGCUGGAAGAACAUGAUCUCUGCGCUGGAAAGCGUGUUAAAGACCACCUUGUCCUGGCUGCAUGUGGACGUUUACCGGGUUUUUCACCUGGCCACUGUGUUCUGCCUGACAUGCUUGUUGCUAAAAGCUGGCCAGCUGUAUUAUCGGAGGCAGGAGUUGCUCAGAGUUUUUGCCAGUUUCCCAGGCCAUGCGACCCACUGGCUGUACGGCCAUACCCACCUGUUUAAAAAAGAAGAGCAGACAUUGGACACGGUGGAGGCCUGGAACCUAAAGUACCCUGAUGCUUUCCCUCUGUGGUUUGGAAGCUUCGUAGCAUACUUGAGCGUCAGCCAUCCUGAAUAUGCUAAGAUUUUAUUGACAAGAGCAGAUCCCAAGGAUAAUAUGAGUUAUAAGCACUUAAUUCCAUGGAUCGGGAAAGGAUUACUGGUCUUACAUGGUCCAAAGUGGUACCAGCAUCGUAAACUUCUGACACCAGGGUUUCAUUACGAUCUGUUGAAACCUUAUGUGCUGUUGGUUGCAGACUCUACUAAAGUGAUGCUGGAUAAAUGGGAACAACUGAUCACAGAGGACAAGUCAAUGGAGCUCUUUGAAGACAUCAGUUUGAUGACUCUAGACAGCAUCAUGAAAUGUGCCUUCAGUUACCAGAGCAACUGUCAGAUGGACAGGCACAAUUCCUACACCCGAGCUGUCUACGAACUCACCUAUUUGGUGCAUCACAGACUCCAAAUCAUCCCGUAUCACAGCGAUUUCAUCUAUUGGCUCAGUCCUCAAGGCUACCAGUUCAGGAAGGCCUGCCAGAUUGCACACCUCCACACAGAAAAGGUGAUCCGGGAGCGGAGGGAAUCACUCAAGGAUGAGCAAGAAGUUGAAAAAAUCCAGACGAGGCAUCACUUGGACUUUCUGGACAUUCUUCUCCAGGCCAAAGAUGAAAAUGGAGCUGGAUUAUCUGAUGAGGACAUACGAGCCGAGGUGGACACGUUCAUGUUUGAGGGUCAUGAUACCACAGCCAGCGGGAUCUCCUGGCUCUUUUACUGCCUGGCCCUGCACCCUGAGCACCAGCAGAGGUGUAGGGAAGAGGUCCAGGCAGUUCUGGGAGACCGGGAUACAGUUGAGUGGGACGACCUCAGUAAGUUGAUUUACUGCACCAUGUGCAUUAAGGAGAGCCUGCGUCUUUACCCUCCGGUCCCCGGGGUAGCCCGGCAGCUCAGCAAACCCAUCACAUUUUACGACGGACGGACUUUACCCGAAGGCUUUUUGGUAGCCAUAAGCAUCUAUCUCAUUCACAGAAAUCCCAGCGUAUGGAAAGAUCCACUGGUGUUUGAUCCGUCAAGGUUUUCUUCAGAGGAAAUCUCCAGUAGACAUCCUUAUGCCUUCCUGCCUUUUGCUGCUGGAUCAAGGAACUGCAUUGGGCAGCAGUUUGCCAUGAAUGAGCUGAAAGUAGCACUGGCCCUGACCCUGCAGCGCUAUGAAUUCUCACCAGAUCCAGAAAAUCCUCCCAUUAAAGUACCUCGGAUCACCCUUCGUUCCAAGAAUGGGAUUCACCUAUACUUGAAGAAAGUCCUGUGAUGCUGAAACAGCACUGAUUUCAAUGAAGGAAGGGAUUGAACCAAAGGGAUAAUGUGUUAUCAGUUUAUCAGACUAAGAGGGAGCGUCUACAUGUGCAUUUAAACGUGAUUAAAUUUAAUGUACAUUAAG